AUGUCUUCCACUCUUCUCAAGCUUGUUGCCCUUGCGGCCACCGCCGCCGCUCACGGCACUGUUACUGGCAUUGUUGCCGAUGGCACCUACACCAAGGGCUUCGACCUCCAGUACUACUACAUGAUCCAGAAUGGUCAGACUCCUCCUGCGACCCCUGGAUGGUACGCCGAGAACCUCGACAACGGCUUCGUCUCCCCUGACGCCUACACCACUUCCGACAUCGUCUGCCACAAGAACUCCAAGGCUGCCACUUCCUCUGCCUCCGUUAAGGCUGGUGGAUCCGUCGACUUCCAGUGGUCUGCUUGGCCCGAAUCCCACGUUGGUCCCAUGAUCACCUACGUCGCCAAAUGCGAUGCCGACUGCGCCGAUGCCGACAAGACUGCCCUUAAGUGGGUCAAGAUCGACGAGGCUGGCUACACUGACGACUGGGCAUCCAACAAGAUGAUUGCCAACAACAACACCUGGAGCGUCACCGUUCCCUCCACCCUCGCCGCUGGCAACUACGUCUUCCGCCACGAGACCAUCGCGCUCCACGGCGCUGGCUCCGAGAACGGUGCCCAGAACUACCCCCAGUGCUUGAACAUCGAGAUCACUGGCGGCGGUUCUGACAGCCCUGAGGGUACCCUCGGUACCGCUCUGUACACCCCCACCGACGCCGGUAUCCUGUACAGCCCCUACUCUGGCGACAACACUGGCUACAAGGUCCCCGGCCCUGCUCUGUACGGCUCUGGCUCCGACAGCGGCUCUGGCAACAGCACCACGCCCGCUACUCCCGUCUCUUCCUCCCCUGCUGCCUCCGCCUCUGCCUCCGCCCCGGCUGCCUCUGCCUCAGCUUCUGCUCCCGCCUCCUCUACCGUCCCGGUCGCGACUGCCACCCCCACCGUCGCUGACGUCGCUCCCUCUGCUACCGCCACCGCUGGUGCUGGCUCCGGCCUUGCUAAGACCUUCACUGUGUCUACCUUCAUCCAGUGGCUCGAGGAGCAGAGCGCGUCUGCCGCCAAGGCCAAGGCUCGCCGCCACGCCCGCGACUUUUAA